CGAUUUGCUGCUGCUAGCGGCAACCGGGAGGCGACAGUUGGCUUCUACGACGUGUGCUAUCGUCUGGGCCAGUCAUUAUGGUGAGUAAUUUCCGGCAAUCUCCCCCCCCCCCCCGCCCAAGCUAAACAAGUGUGGGCAUCCAUCCCCCCCCCCAAAAAAACUCAACAACUCUGAGCAACUCCCCCCACAAAAAGCUCAACAAUUCUGGUCAAUCCCCUCCCCUAUUCUUAACUUUGAGUCCCCCAAAAUAGGGGGUCAUGUUAUAGACAGGGGCGUGUUAUACAUGAAAAAAUAUGGUAUCUUCAAAUAUCUGAAGGGCUGUCCCAUGGAAGAUGGAGCAAGCUUGUUUUCUGCUGCUCCAGAGGGAAGGAUCUGAAACAAAGGAUCCAAAUUACAAGAAGAGAGUAGUUUAUUAUAAGUGGUAAGAGCUAUUCAACAGUGAAAUCGUUUGUUCUUGGAUUACUGAUUAUAGUUUGGGACUGAAACUACGCUAAGCCAGGGAUCAUUUGUUUCUCCUAAGUGUGACUGGGGAAGUGCACAACAGCCCAGCUUAGUGCAUGCAUGACUAACCAUUAACUAUGGUUUAUAGUGACGUGCACUGGACCCGUGUGUGUGUGUGUGUGUGUGUGUGUGUGUGUGUGUGUGUGCCUAGGGCCCUGCAGAUGUUUUGAAUGGCAGGUCAGCCCAAGUCAGCACUUCCAGAUAUUUCUGGCUACAAACACAACCACUGUGUUAGCAGGGGUUGAUGGGAGUUGUAGUCCAAUACAUCUGGAGAGCACCUGGUUGAAGAAGGCUGGUGUACAUCAUCCAUACAAAUGCACCAGCGAGAUCUGCUUUUCUGGAGGGGAUAGGUCUGGUCUAGCAAAGCCUCCUGCCCCUUUGGCUGGUCGAGAGAGUAGGCCACUCAAGCUAGCAACCCCAGGUCAGGAAUGCUGGCUGCGGGCCACCAUAGCAGUGUAGAUUCAGGUACUGACACUCACAGGCUCAACUUGGACCCUCCACACUUACAGAUUUUUUUAAAAUAGAACCAGAAUUUAAGUUAUGUCUUUGCCUUCCUGUUAUGAUUUGGGGGAGAGAAGGGGAACCUCAGUUACUCAUCCUACCCUCUAGUUGUCAUUUUGAGCUGCUACAAAGUGCUUUUCCUUCCCUCAAAGGCCAAGGUAAUUUAAUCUACCAUUGGAGGAGGUCAUAGUUGUCAACUUUUCCCUUUUCUUGCGAGGAAUCCUAUUCGGAAUAAGGGAAUUUCCCUUAAAAAAGGGGGAAAGUUGACCGUUAUAGAGGGGGUGCAGAGGCAGAAGGGACCAUCCCUGCUACCUUUUUCCAAGGAAUUUGUGGGCUGGCUGUGGCAAUGACAGGCACUCUGCGCAUGUUCAGAGGGCAUUUAUCUACAUCCGAGUUCAGAUAAAGCUACAUGGGAUGGGCAUGUUGUUCACCUCAAUGGAGCUGGCAAUAUUAAGACACUCCUCCAUCCCAGGAAUCUCCAGCUGCAGAAUUUUCAAGUCUUUGCAUUUGAGCGUGAUGGUGCCCGAAGCGUUUGCAAGCCUGCAGGGGGAAAUGAAAUAAAAGGGCAGUAAAUAGGGGAAGAGCCAGAGACACUUUCCUCCCCCCCCCCCGAACUUCUCUGCGGAUGUGGAGGCCUUUGGCCACAAUCCCAAUCAGCCGCACACUCUGGGUUUGAGAUGGGCAGGAAGUCACAUGAGCAGCCUGCUGCGAACGACAGAAAGCAAAGCAGAGAGGGGGGAGCUGGCUCAAAGAGCAGAAAUGUCUUUUCGAAUCUACAUUAAGCCAACAGCAACUGGAGGGUGCCAUGUGGGCUGUCCUAAACAAUACUGAGCUAAAUGGAGCAGCUGUAUGACUCAGGAUAAGGCAACCUCCUAUGCUGUCUGCAGAUGGAAGGAUUCUCCUCUAAUUGAGGUAGCCUCCAUUAUUAUUAUUAUUAUUAUUAUUAUUAUUAUUAUUAUUAUUGCUACUACUACAAGUUCUUGCCCACCCUUCUCCACAGGGUCCCAGGGCAGGUUACAGCAAAAUACAAUGUUAAAAUCAGUGUUUAAAUAAAUAAUAAUAAUAAUAAUAAUAAUAAUAUUUAUUUAUACCCUGCCCAUCUGGCUGGGUUUCCUCAGCCACUCUCGGCAGCUGCCUUCAGAUGUCUUCUAAAAGUCAGCUAGUUGUUUAUUUCCUUGACAUCUGAGGGGAGGGCGUUCCACAUAGCAGGCACCACUACUGAGAAGGCCCUCUGCCUGGUUCCCUGUAACCUCACAGUGCUGGAACCACCAGAAGGCCCUCGGAGCUGGACCUCAGUGUCUGGGCAGAACGACAGGGGUGGAGACGCUCCUUCAGGUAUACUGGACCAAGGCCGUUUAGGGCUUUAAGGGUCAGCACAAGCACUUCGAAUUGUGCUCGGAAACAUACUGGGAGCCAAUGUAGGUCUUUCAGGACCGGUGUUAUAUGGUCUCGGCGGCCACUCCCAGUCACCAGUCUAGCUGCCACAUUCUGGAUUAGUUGCAGUAUCCAGGUCACCUUCAAAGGUAGCCCCACUUAGAGUGAAUUGCAGUAUUCCAAGCAGGACAUAACCAGAGCAUGCACCACUCUGGCAAGACAGUCAGCGGGCAGGUAGGGUCUCAGCCUGCGUACCAGAUGGAGCAGGUAGACAGCUGCCCUGGACACAGAAUUGAACUGCGCCUCCAUGGACAGCUGAGAGUCCAAAAUGACUCCCAAGCUGUGCACCUGGUCCUUCAGGGGCACAGUUACCCCUUUCAGGACAAGGGAGUUCUCCACACCUGCCCGCCACGUGUCCUCUCAAAACAGUAACAUAAAUAAAAUAAAAUAAUUUUAAAAAUAAAUAAAAUCAGCAUUAAAUAACUCAGGUGGUGGGAAUGGCCGGGCCGUGGAUACUUAGAGGUGAGGGAUGGGCACACUGCACAUGCUCAGAGACACAUUGUGAUUCUUCCACAUUUCCUGAGGCUGAGCCCUGGGGAGCUCUGCUUCAGAUUAUGCCUUCCUGGGCUAUCACCCACUUUGCACAAUCCCCCCUCCCCCCCUCCGCCCUGGCUGUAGGUGCAGAAAUCAAGGGCAGGAUAACUUGUACGUAUUUCUCCCUGUACAAACAGGGUUCAAGAAAAUAAUGGCAGGCAUCUUCCAGGCAUGAGGCGGGUCUUCUGGAAAUGUGGGGCCCAGGACUGCUUCAGGCCCCACACCAGUUUGGCAAGCAGCGCAAGCUGAGGAGCAGACAAACACUAAGCCUCUAAGCUGCGGCCAUGCCUUGCAGCUUGAAAUGGAGUUAAAAGGCGAACCUGGUUUCUGUGGGGGAGCCGUUAGUCCGGGCGCUUUGAUACCAACUUAGAUUCUGAACGCUGGGGAGUCACAGGAAGGAAAGAGGAGAGGUUAGCAUUGUGCCACAGGUGCAUGCAAGAGGUUGGUGGUCUGGGCGGCGGUUGCUGGUUUGAUCCUCAUCUGACAAGAAGCCAAAUGUGGGGGUCAUUUGGGGGUCAUUUGGCAAGGUAGACGGCCCAGCAUCUUCUUGCCAAGCCAGCAGGGUUACCAGCCUUUCUCUCCCAGCCCUGCUCUUCUGCCUUUCACAGCAGCCUGAGAUGAAGACAUUAGGGAGGCAAGGCUCUUUUGCCAGCACUUGGUUCAAACAGCACAUGCUCAGUGUCCACACAUUAAAGGUAAAGGUAAAGGGACCGACUCAGUCGUGACCGACUCUGGGGUUGUGGCGCUCAUCUCGCUUUAUUGGCUGAGGGAGCCGGCAUACAGCUUCCGGGUCAUGUGGGCAACAUGACUAAGCCACUUCUGGCAAAACAGAGCAGCACAUGGAAAUGCCGUUUACCUUCCCGCCAGAGCAGUACCUAUUUAUCUACUUGCACUUUGACGUGCUUUUGAACUGCUAGGUUGGCAGGAGCAGGGACCGAGCAAUGGGAGCUCACCCUGUUGCGGGGAUUCGAACCGCCAACCUUCUGAUCGGCAAGUCCUAGGCUCUGUGGUUUAACCCACAGCGCCACCCGCGUCCCACCCAUGUCCACACAUUAGGCUGCUGUUAAAAGAGCAGCGGAGCACAGCCAGGGUAAAAGGUGGCAACUGGACCUUAGAGCGGAGGAAAGGAGUAAUUCAGUAUUAUAGAAGAGGAAGAUUUUAUUCCCCAUGUUCCUAAAGCACUUUCUUCUGAUAUUACUGCUAAGCAUAAAAGGAUAGCUCAGUUGGUGCAGCAUGAGACUUUUAGUCCCAGGUUGGGAAAAAUCGUCCUGCAUUGCGGGGGUUGGACUAGAUGACCCCUGUGGUCCCUUACAACUAUACAAUUCUAUGCUUCUAUUAGUCUGUGACUUCAUGAGCCAGGACACUAGCCUGAGGUGGGCACGAUAGGAACAACAUAGGAAUAUAAAAAGCAGCCUUAUACUGAGUCAGACCAUUGGUCCGUCUAACUCAAUAUUGUCUACACCAAUUGGCAGCCGGGUUUCAGGCAGGGAGUCUUUCCCAGCCCUGCCUGAAGAUGUCCUUUGGGAACUGAACCUGGGAUGUUCUGCACACCAAGCAGAUGUCCUGCCACUGAGCUACAGCCCUCCCCAGAGCUUUGCAUCAUUUGCUAAUAUUUUGCACUGAGGUCACGUUGCAAGACCUCGAUCUGGGCUCAGGUUUAGGUUCAGCAAUGCUUCUCUUAAAAACUGCAGCUCCGUUGCAAGUUGUUCUUGGUGUGGGGGAAUAGAAGGGGUUCUGACUUGCUCAGGUUCUGUAAGGCUUAGUUUGGUUAGUUCACAACCCGGGGAGCAAAGCAACAGCAUUUUGAUUUCAUGCAUAUGGAGCCUCAGUGAUUCUUAACAGGGUCGAGUGAUGCUGGGGCUGGGGGUAGGAGAGGUAUGAUGUGGGAGAGACAGUCACCUUUUCUCAAUGGCGUCCACAUUGCGAAUAAGAAGCCACAGCUCAAUCUGGCCCUGUUCCCCGUUUCCCCCUGGCUGGGAAGAUAGAAGGAGGUGGUGACUGGUGAUGCAAAGUGUCCCUUUGACAGACGGGAGUCCUGGACGUGACAGCACCACAUGGUCCACCUUGGUGGUCUUGAUCAACUCUGCAAACUCCAUGGUAGGGAGAGGCUGGGCCCAGACAGCAAAUGUGUCUGUUUUGCUCCAGAAAGUCCUGUGGACCUGACUGAAGAAGAGAAAAGGCCUUCCAGGGGAACCUGUUGGAAGAACAGACAGAUAUGACGGAUGCAGGUGAGUCAGAACAGCAUUUAGAAGACCAGAUACAGUUAUGUGACACAAAUUCUCAGCAUUUCUGCCCAACAUACAGAUUAUGCACACUGAGCAAAAGUUUUGGUAUGGAGCUGAUGGGAGUUGUAGUCAAAAACAUCCGAAUAGCACCUGGUUGGGGAAGGCUGUUUUUGAUCAGGAUGAAUGAGGACUAAAUGGGUCGUCUGAUGUGGGAUGUGAAACAGAGCCGUCAAAUACAACAUCCCUAGAGUGGACAUAAAAAGAGGAUGUCUGGACUAGCCAGUUGGAACUUCCUAUUUCCUCCUGGGCUGGGACAGACUUCCUCUGCAUGUGACUAGAUGUGGGCGUGACCUUACCUGUGCAGGUAACAAAAUACCUCAGAGGAGGCUGCCAUCUAUCUCUCUGACUCCAUUUGUCGAAGAAGCAACAUCUGCUUAGCCUAAGAUGCUCUCUAAGAUGCUUCCAGCCAAGAGAGGACAAUGGGGCUAUCUCUUCAUGGGACAGAUUCCAGGUGUACAUAUUUUGUAACAUAAGUCUGCCUUCUGGGAUCCAUUUGUGAACAGAAUGUGAGUAAACUAUUUUAUAUACUUUUAUACAAGACUGUGUUGUGUCUAUCUAUUUAUGAGGGAAUAAAGGGGAAUUUACCAGGAAACUUAUUUUAGAGGCUUAUAGAAGCCUGGCAAACGCUAUCCGCUGUGCAAAUUUAAAAAGGGCAAUGUUACUCUGCUAAAUUGUAGAACUUGUUAACACAAGUUGGAAAGGAUAUAAUUAAACAAUAUAUCCUCUUCUGUAUCCCUGAACAUUCCCACACCUGGAAGGGCUUAUAGUCGUUGUAUAAAAUAACCAAAACAGAUUGACAGUAGUAAGCUAGAACCCAGCAAAAGGGACACCUUCCCAGCUUGAGAAAGAAGCGCAAGAUAAGAACUAUUGGUUUGAAACAGGAGGGCUUCCCAUUGCCAGUUUUAUUCGGACAAGCAGACAUUCAGCAGGUGAUACUCUCCCCUGGUAUGCAGGGAGACGGAUGAGAAAAGUAUGGGUUGCCGAAUUUCUGUUCUUAAAAGGCACAGCAGCCCUGCAAUGGAAAGAAGAGGAAAGUUGGCCGCUGUGUUGUCUUAUUUUCAGGGGGCUGCAACAUCACAGCAGUCUGCGAAAGGGAAGCAAAAGGAAAGGAAAGAGAGAGGUGCCUCUCUGAUGCUUUGUUCCAUGUUUCUCUGUUGAUGGUAGUACAGUGAUACCUUUAGUUACGAACUUAAUUCGUUCCGGAGGUUCGUUCUUAUCCUGAAACUUCUUAACUAGAGGCGUGCUUUCGCUAAUGGGGCCUCUUGCUGCCGCUGCGCUGUCGGCACACGAUUUCCGUUCUCAUCCUGGGGCAAAGUUCUCAACUCGGGGUAACUCUUCCAGGUUAGUGGAGUUUGUAACCUGAGGCGUUUGUAACUCGAGGUACCACUGUACUCAGAUAUCUACAUGGAAUUCAGACAAGGCUUGUUACUCAGGUGAAGGUCUGGGUGCAGUUCAAGCCAUAGUGUUGCUGUUCAGCUUGACUCCUGAACCCCUGCAAAUUUGCUUAAGUAAUAAGACUCAAAGGGUAUAUUCAAAAAGAAAACAAAAUGGUGAACACAUUGUUUCCAAGAAGGAGGAAGCAAAACUGGUGUGUCUGUGUCCUUUCCCCUCCGUCCCUCAGCUAGAAGCCUGACUCAGAUAUUUCAGCUAAAAUGGAACAGCCUGCUUCUAACAUUUUCACAAUUUCUAUGCCUCCGGGGGAUUAAUGUGCCAAAACCGAAACAAGAAUUCAAAGACAGAUUCCUAAAACAUUCCAAAGACUGUUUUGAAAGUCAUUGUUUGGCAUUUACAAAUCAUGCAAAGCGACCCCAGUCCAGGUACGUGCUUCUCUGACAGCCACUCAACAUACAGAAACAUGUGAGAUGUGAUUCCCUUUCCCAACAGGAGAUUAAGCAAUAGAGAAAAGCCUCCUCACCCGCUUAAUUUCCUUAUCUCAAGCUCUGGCCUUCAAGGUUCCUCCUGAACAGCACAGUCUGGCUUUGGUGGGGGUGGGAGGGAUUGCUCCCUGCUUCCCUUGCUCCCUGCUUCCCUUGCUCCCUGCUUCCCUUGCUCCCAACCAGGUGAUCUUGGCUGAGAUGUGAUAUAAAAAGGUAUAAAUAAAACCAGAAGAGCUGUAGAGCCCUCACAGCUAAAAGUGUGCUAAAUAAAUGAAACUAAGAAAUGUAGCUCAUCCCAACGUGGAGAUAAAGCCACAGGAAAGGCUACGCCUGCCUAUAGUGCAACCCUCUGAACCUUUACCUGGGCCAUCUCAAGACAUUUUGCUGCCUGAAAGAAAGCAGCAAAUGACUCCCCAAUUCAAGCUGCAAGAGGCCUCAAGGCUGGUUGGAAUAUUUGGAAACCUGAAGCAGACAAUCCCACAAGUCAUCUUUCCCCUUCCCUGGCAGACAAAUGCUAAUAAUUCAUUUUCUACCCUUUCAUGACACCCAAAAUCUGCUGACAGAGGCAGCCUGUUUCCUCCAUCUCUAGGUAGGGCCCUGAUCUUUACUGUGUUAAGUGAGGCUUGCUCUCCAUGUGUUUACAUGCCAUGCUUCUGCUUUGAAGGCACAGGAAGAAAGGAUGGAAAAGUAACAGUAAUAUUUAACAAUGCUCCGUAUGUUUAUGCAUUUAUUUAACUUCCUUAUAAUGUUGUGGAAUUUUGUUGACUUUUAAAAUGCUUUCCUUUGAGAGCCGCUUUGAACAUUAAAAAGAAACCAAAAUGACAAUAUAUGGGAUACCCAAAUUUGGAGCAAAAUCUGCCCAGGUGCAGGGCCUGCUUUUCACAUGCAGGAGGUCCUAGGUGUAACCUCAGGAUGGCUGGGAAAGAAAGACCCCUGUCUGCAACCCCCAACAAUCAUCAUAGGCAAUCCUGAGCAAGAUGGGCCUAUGGUUUCAUGCUGCGUAAGACAGAUUUCUACCUUCUUCUUCACAUAAAGGCAAUACAUACAUUAGGCUUCCAUAAUGUGUGAUUGGCGGCCAAGCACACCUGUGCUGUUCCUGCAAUGACAAUAAAAGGAAGAGGUGCACCAGAUCCCUGGGCAUGCCACCAUAUGUGGGCAAAGGGUAGAGUUGCCAACUGACCAAGAAAGAAAAGCAGCCUGGUCUGUUCUUUUGCCUUUCAGAGCAGCUUGAAGUGCAUCUUUUAACGGAGCUUUUAACAGAAUGAAGAUAAGCAUCACCUGCUAACAGGUGUACAAUAUGCUGGGGUUAAAACCACAGCUACAGAGCCCUGCUGAAAAGUUGACAGCCUGACUAGUGGAUUGCAUUCAAUCGGGGGGUCCACAAUGCGUGCUAAGCCUGCACCGUUUAUCACAGCAGUCCUUAGAACAGCCACAGCCCUGAAAGGUGGGCCAGUGUUCGUUUUUUAACGUGAGGGCCAUAAAAGGAUCCUUGGCCACUAGCUGGAUUUAUGUGAAUUUAAGUCAGACCUUGGAGCCACCUAGCCAGUUCAUCUCCUCCGGCCAGCUGGGUCAUCUUCCCAGCCCUACCAUUUGGGAGCGUUUAACUAGAGGUUCUGGGGAUCAUCCCUAGACAGAGCAAAACAGCCUCUUAAAAAGCCAGCAAAGGGGUGCUCCCUGCAGUGGGUGGCCCCCUUCCCUUACCUGACAGCUGGAUUUGGAAGCAGAGCCCUGUCAGAACCUGCAGGAGAUCUUGCUUGGCAGAAGUUGGGGGUCAAGCUCCUAGUGAUGAGGACCGCAGGGGGGCAAGAUGCAAAGCCUGAUCAUGUGCAGGGCCUGCUGGAAGUGCCAUGGCCAGAGAGGGGUGCAGGAGGAAACUGCUGCUGCUGCUGCUGCUGCUGCUGCUGUUGAGAAACCUUUCAACAGCUGUUUUGCUUCUCAAAAUAGCUGAGGAGUUCCAGCAUGCUGGCUCUUAGAUUGUGAAAGAGAGAGGAAAAAAAGGAGAGCAUGCAACAGGAACUGCACACAUAGCCGUGUGGGAGAGGCUGAGAAGCAGAGAGAGAGGGAGGAUAUUGGGUUUAAGGUAGCCUGGCUAUAAUGUUUUCUUUUCCGUUUAUUUAUUUUUUCCACUAUCAAGGGACUUGACGGGUGAAGAUCGUUAGAUAAACUGGCAGUGCAAUUAAACUACCACAAUAUUCCCCCUCCCCCCGGGUGCCUUGAUGGGCUGCAGGCAGAUGGUGGGGGAAAUGGGGCUUGAAGAUACACAGAGAACCACAGGAAGUGAAACUCUGGCAGCGUGGGGGGGGGGGGGGAGAGAGAGCUCUGCAGGCUGGUGUGCUAAGCCAUCUUUUUAUCCACGCUUUUCGACAAGAGAGGAAUGGAGUAGAGCCUUAACUUUCCUACUGAAAUAUCCUGCAAGAAAGCAAAACAAAACCCUCAUGCUGUGCAAAUAUAUUGUUAUGAGCUUGUGGGUGCCAGACACUUAAUCCCUGGACCCAGAAAGUGUUAAAAAGAUAAAUAAGCCAGACUAGUUUCCUCAUGAGGUAAUCGCCUGGGAGAUGAGCUGUUUAGAGACCUAAGGAAAGGUAAUGGGCCACUAAGAAGACAAAGGCUCUGUGCCAGAUGCAAAAUUGGUGGGGCCCCUCCAGUUCUGAGUUUGUUAGAAGACAAAGCCAGAGUCUGAAGUAGGGUUUUGGGGGACUAUGAUUUGACCAAGAGGUGGGGAAAGGUUGCAGGCUGGUAAAGGAAGCAAGCGGGAGAGAGGGUCAGAGUAGAACGAUUCUGUUUGAAUCCAAGGCUGUGGUAGAAACAAGACCCUCUUGGGGUGUCCAUGCUGUGAGCCCCUCCAUUGUAGGCUCAGGUUGUAUAUAUGUGUAAAUAAACCAUAUAUCAUGAAGACACCACAGUCUCCGCUGUGCUUUAUUCUUCCAAAGAAACACGAAUCUUGGGUAGGUACCUGGAAUCUCACAGCUCGGAGAUUGGGGUAGCAUGCAACAAUAUUGAGAUUUCAUCCCCUGCAGCAUAUUAGAGAUUGAAAACAGGGCCACUGGUCUCCUGAGGGGUAGCUGGGCUUUUCUCUUGCUGCAAAAACAAAGAGCUUUGUGGCACCUUAAAGACCAAUGCAACAAAUUUAUUCUGGCAUAAACUUCAUCAGCUGCAUGAAAUCCUAUCCUAGGUUGCUUCAUUUUGAGGGCGGUGGACUGUAAACAGUGAGGUCAGAGGGAAAUGAAAUGCAGAAAAGAGCAGUGAAAAUUGCAUUAACAGUGACCUUAAACCACUUGUUGCUGGCAUCCAAGAGUCAAUUAGCAUAGGUAGUGUGAUAAAAAUCCUUUGUCCCGAUUCAGUCUACAAGUGAUAAGGUGGAACCCCUUGAGGAAUUGCAAUGCAAUGAAUUUCAACUUGCCUUCUCCCUUUGAAGUUUCUUCCUUCCAGGCUGGCCAUUCUCCAGUCUCUUGCAUGCUGUGCUGGGAGGUUGAAAUGCCCUAGUCCCCCUUGCCUGAAGGCUCUGUUCCAUCUGUUGUAGGCAGCAGACCCAACUUCACCGCCUUUAGGCUUGCUGUAACCUUAGCUGAUGGUGGCAGAGGCAGGAGACCAUUUAAAGACCAUUUAAAGAGCCAGGGUGGGGUAGUGGUUAGAGCACAUGUCUAUUCAGAAGUAAAUCCCCCUGAGUUUAAUGGGACUUGCUCCUUAGCAGAAUGUGAAGGUUGCAGACUUAACUGUGCUCAAUAUGGUGCCUUGAAUGACCUGUCUGAUCAAUCUGAAGCUGCAGCAAACCUAUGCAAGACUGUGUACAACCACGCUUGUAUAAAAUCAGCCUUUGCCAACUCAGUGCCCUUCAGAUGUUUGGGACUCAACUAAGGUGUCCGGGUGUCCUCCUUUAUAAGGCACAGUCCUCUGUUUGUACAGCUGUCUCACCCAAGUCCAGUUUAAAGAUAAGGAGCCAUAAGAAAAUAGAGAGGGUGCUUAGAGUUGUCCAUCCACAGCCCCAGUGCAGCCGACUGAGCAGGCACACAAGUCACUAAGGUGAGAUGUGCUGUACUUCUAUGGAAAUUUAACUAUUAUUUCUAGAUUUGCAUACAUAUGUGUAAAUCAGCAUAUGCAAAUUUUAUGCGUACAAGCAUAAUUUUUAUUUUUAAUUAACCACCACCCCCCACUUUUUUGGUGAUGCCUUUCCUUCUUUUUGGCAACGCAAUAAGCGGUCCUCCUAACUGCAACUACCUUUGGCCCCAUGAUGGGAGUUGUAGUGCAAAACAUCUGGAAGGCGCAAUGUUGGACAUUUUGAAGGAACCAGCACACUGCUUGGCCCUUUUCUGCCAUGCUUUAGGACACACCUCUCAUUCCAUUUUUUUGUCCCUUCAGUCUAGACUUCCUGUUCCACCUUAAAUGCAGUGCAGCUGUGCUCUAGCAGCAAAUAAGUCACCAGCUUAACUUGACCUGACCAAAUACCCUAUGGCCCAGCAGAAGGGAACUAAAGCAGGGGUAGGCAACCUAAGGCCCAUGGGCCACAAGCGGCCAAUGGGGGUCAUUUAACCGACCCACGAGCCACCCCCGAACCGAGCUGCCCACUCAGUGAGUCCCCACACGCUGCACUAAACUGGUGCAACACAGCAUGGGGACUCGCUUCCGCGACGCCAGAAAUCGCAUCUGCGCAAACACAAAUGCUGGAAAUUGUGGGCGCGGGCGCUCACACACAAACACAAUCCGACCCACAGAGGGAUCUCUGCUGGAGUGAACCAGCCCAGGCAAGGUAAACCUUGCUGACCCCUGGACUAAAGGGAGCUCUGCAGAGGCUCUGCAGAGACUAGUUGUGGGCAUCCUCAGAGCCCAUCCCUGUCCAUAUCAUGCCUGUUGGGUGCUGGAAUUUUAGUGGCCUCACCAAACCUGGGAACAGGGAGCACAAUGCAAAACUUCUCACCCUGUAGGUGAAAAAAGGUAAAGGACCUCUGGACGGUUAAGUCCAGUCAAAGGCGACUAUGGGGUUGCACCACUCAUCUCGCCUUUAGGCCGAGGGAGCUGGUGUUUGUCCACAGACAGCUUUCUGGGUCAUGUGGCCAGCAUGACUAAAUUGCUCCUGGUGCAAUGGAACACCAUGACAGAAACCAGAGCGCAUGGAAACACCGUUUACCUUCCUGCCACAGCAGUAUCUAUUUAUCUACUUGCCCUGGUGUGCUUUUGAACUGCUAGGUUGGCAGGAACUGGGACAGAGCAAUGGGAGCUCACCCUGUCACGGGGAUUCAAACCGCCAACCUUGAGGGCUGGACAGAGAAUGCUUUUUCCUCAGCCUAAUUGCUGGGGAGGAAGGUGUGUCUGUGGAUAUACAUGUAUGUGCCUGUGCUGUGCUGUAUGUGUGUGUGUUGUGUGGCAUGUGAAUGGAUGUGGUUUCUGUGCUCACUUUGAUCACAACCAACCUUUGGCAUAUGGGCCCUGGAGAAUUGGCCAAGAGGGAAUGUGGUCCUCAGGCCAAAAAAUAUUCCCCACCCCUGCCCUAUAGGAACCCCAGUCUCCCCCGACACCAUUGGAGCCAACUGGGCCCCUUUAAACAAACAGGCUUUUCCUACAGAGGGUGGAGCUGGCAGCUCAGAGAGACCCACAGUGCCUAUUUAAAGCUCAACCAGAGGUCCACUGGUGCUGGAGCAAUAUCUGGCUAUGUUCUUCCUCCUUAUCCAACGCGACCCAUGCAUAGAGCUGUCCAGGGUGCUAUUGAAUUCUAGACUUUUUGCCUUGCCAGAACAUGGACCUUGCUCUACUUCACCCCAUCUUGCUCUGCUCGCUUGCUUUGGGUCAGAACCUCUAUGCUUCUGAGGCCAAUGCAUGGAACCGAACAGAAAUAACGCAACAUUCUCUGUUCCCCUAAUCAUAGAAAUUGCUGCUGGUUGUGUCUGUGCUCUGCUAGUUCUCACAUGAUGCAUGGCUGCAAUGUAUGGGUAAUUCAAAGUGUGCUAGAGUUCACUGGCAAACACUAUGCUGCACUGAAGUGCAUCAAGUGGCUAUUUUCUUACUGGUCAGCAGGUGGUGCUAUGUUGCAAUUGUUGUGCUGUAAUUAAAAGGAGUAUUAAAACAUAAGCAAGCUGGGUGAGGGCCACAAUGCAGAGGGACAAUAAUACUUCGGAGGGUAGUUAUCUGAAUAUGUUGCUAAUCCACUAUCUCACCUUGAUUUUACUGACAUGUCAGCUGAACGAGGGCACAAUUUGCUAUAAAAUGCCCUUGAAUCUUCUGGAGUGACCUUUCGAUCUUGGCUCCUUUUCAGACCUAGGUGGAGGACCCAUAUCUUUUUCUCUGCUGACAGUAAGAGUCAGGAAAGGAAGGAGUGCUGUUGGGAUUAAUGGCUUUACACUCUCGCUGUCUUUUAUGUCAUUGAAACUUCCUUUCAAAGAACAGGGUGUCUCCUCCCAGUUGGAGACAAUAAGUCAGGACCAAAGAGAGAGAGAGAAAAGGCCUCCCAUUAACCUCUGGAUAAUUAAAGUUCCUGCUUGCUUUCUUUUAUUGCCAGGGCUUUAUUGUUCCAAGAAUAAACAGCUUUCCUCUAUGCACGGACACAUAUGACACAGAGCGAGUGGGUGACUGAGGGAGUCGGUCUGUCUUGGAAAGAAAGCCCUUUGCCCUCACACCUCUGCAAUGUCUUUGGUGAGGUUCAAGGAGUUUGGGGAAGAGGAGGAGAACUUGGAGGCAGAGAACCUGGACAGCGUCAAGGCCUUGACGGCGAAGCUGAAGCUGCAGACCCGGCGCCCUUCCUACCUGGAGUGGAAGGCUCGUGUGCAAAGCCCCUCCUGGCGGAACGGGCUCAGGACCCUGCCGGAAAAGCAGUGCGGGGAGACGGCCGGGGAGGACUCUCAGGCCCACGUCCCUUUGAAGACCAUUUGUGGGUUCCCCACCAUUGGUGAUGCCUUGGAGUGGCUCAGGAUGGAGCUGGUGAGUAUUUUCCCAACCUUUCUGGGGGAAAUGUGAGCACCAGAGCAACUAGCCCCAGCCCUCGGGGGCAAGUCUGGAGCAGUGAGGCAGAGGAGGCACCUCCACCACCGGUGGUCGCAAGCUUUGCAAAGGCUGCGUCCUGGCAAGACCUCCCCAGUGGUCUUCUAUGGCAUGGCUCACUCCACUGGCCAACUUGCAUCUGACCGUCUUUUUCAGUUCUAGCUAAAAUAUUUAAAGCUUCAGGCAGUGAAGUAGUACAGUCCAGAUACAUACCAGUAGGUGCUCCCUGUACAGUCCCUGUUUCUUGGUACCUGUUUUGUCUCGAAUUUCUGCUUAAAGUUUGUAGAGUGAGUUACUGGAGUUGCCCUUUUUCACAACUUUUAGCCCACCUCUACAGCAGCCUUCCUCAACCUGAUACCUAGAUAAUUGGGACUACAACUCUCAUCAGCCCCAGCAUCAUAAAGCUGCACUGUAGUGGAGGAGCGGGUGAACUCAAUGAUCAAUGUACACUUACGAAGACCAACUGAACUCUGUCCUGCAUUGUCUUUCAUUUCACGCAGUGUAUUUGCUAGGUUUGUCUUGAGCUUUGGGUAAACUGCUGUAAGACAGUUAUGAUUUCCUAGCAUAUCUUUAACCACGUAACGAACACACCCCGUUCUGUGUUGCUGGAGGAAGAGGGGGAAGUUAAUGAAUAUAUAGAGAAUAUGCAGACGGAUAAAUGAAACUACAGUAUCUAGAAGGCAGAGUAGCGCCUGCAGCAAUCAGGGCCAGCCCAAUAUAUUUUGCUUUUUGAGGAACAGCAUUAAACAUUGUGUGUGUGUGUGUGUGUGCGCACACACACACACACACACACACACACACACCAGGGUCCCUAAAAUUCAAGCCCACCAAGUUAUUUUGGCACCUGAGGUGGAAAAUCCCACAAGUGUCUCCCAUUUCCUAGUAGUAAAAAUAUACAAUAAUAAUUCAAAUAAACUAACCACUUUGCUUCAGCUGCUUGGCUCAUUUUCUUCAUGGUAGGGCUCGUCCUGACAGCAGUGUAUAAUAAUUGGGGUGUGUGUGUUUAUUUUUGGCUUAAGACUUGUUGUUGUUGUCAUCCAUCUGCUUCGGGAGACAAGGGAAGAUUGGGGGUUAAGUCAAACCAUUGCUGACCCUUCAAGUGUCCCUAUUUUCCAGGGACAUCCCUGAUUUAGAGAAGCCAUCCCGGUCUCUUAUUUCAUCCCAGAAUGUCCCACUUUUCCCUAGGAUGUCCCUAAUAUCAUCAGAGAAAUGUUAUCUGACCCUCAAGCUGUCUGAAGGCAAUCCUGUAUAGGGAAGGUUUUUUUAAUGUUUUAUUGUGUUUUACAUCUGUGGGAAGCUGCCCAGAGUGGCUGGGGCAACCUAGUGAGAUGUGUGGGGUAUAAAUAAUAAAAUUAUCAUUAUGGAAUGGGAACAUUCCUAUUUUCAUUAAGGUAGGAGGGUAUGCCAUUGGAGAGUUACAGCGGCUGCUGUGAAUGUAGAAAUGUCAGCUGUAUGUGGGCUGUGAACCCCUUACACCCCCUUUAAUUCCCCCUCCUCCAACUGCUGCCUUCCCACAUGUCCUCCUCCCUAAAUCUGGAUAUUCCCUAUGAAAUUGAUGUCCUGUUUCGAUUUCCAAAGCAUAGGGAAUCUCUGGAUGAGAAAUUAUAGGACAGCAGUAGCUGGAGGAGAACACUGCAUGGACAUGUAAGAAUUAAAGGAGGAACAAGGGGUUCACAGUCCACAUUCAGCUAAAGUGUGGAUGGGCCCUAAGACACUGAACCAACGAGUGGCACACUUCCUGCACCUUCCAUUGAAGGGCAAGGCGGGCACAGCAUUUAGCUGGACAGCAAGCAGUUGGAGUCCCAGGCAAACAGGUUCUCCUUCUGGUGGGCUGGCUAAGUGAGGUUUGUGCCUGCCAGCCUCCUAGGUGACAGAGGCAGGGUGGCUGUUGACUUGGCAUCCGAUUUGCUCCUAGCUUCUAUGUAACAGGAGGAACCACCUCCUUGGCUGGAUCAGCUAUGGUGGGUGUGUUUGGGAGGGAGGUGACAGGAGGCACUUUUGAGUUUGCCUGAGCAUCCUUGGGAGGGAGGAUCUCCACCCUGUAACCCACUGGGACCCUCCUUGAGAUCAGAGGUCUCUUGGGGUUCAGAACCUGUUACCCCACCUUCCCCAGGGUCCUCCAAUUCCCCAAGCUCCUCACACUCCUCCUCAGGGUCUGACCACCCUCUCAAAGACACUUCCACAGGACUCAGGACAGGACAUGGCCUUUUUCUGAUCCAGCCAUGCUCUUUUAAUUUUCUUAUGGGGUGUGUAUGUGUUGCCUCUCAGGCUUCAUGGUUAUUCUUUUGCUUCUAUCCAGCGGGAGAUGCAGGCCUUGGAUCACCAGUUGGCACGGCAACUAAUGGGCCUGCGUGCUCAGAUCCACCGGCUGAAGGUGGAACAGGCCUGUCACCAACACAAGGAGAUGUUGGACGACGCCACCUUCGAGCUGGAGGGCUGUGAAGAGGACUCUGACCUGCUGUGUAACAUCCCACCCAAGAUGGCGUUCCUCUUGUCCACACCCCUCAAGCACAUUGGCGUCACACGCAUGAACAUCAACUCUCGCCGUUUCUCUCUGUGCUGAGGGGCCUUGCUUGACCCCUCUUCUGAUUGCAUUUUUAAGGCCUGCAUCCUUCAGCAAGUGAUACACACGCAUAAACCCAUCAGUUUCCAGGGACUCACACAGAGAAACCUGGUAUAGGUUUUUUGUUAUGGGAUGGAGAGAGCCAGUUUCUCAAAAGGCCAGAGGCUGCCUUGUCAGCAGGUGGUUCUGUGCAGCUACCAACUGCUUUGUAAAAGAAGGCAUUUUUGCUGCAGACAGUAACAGGCUACUGAGUAUCCUCAGAUCCACCAGCCCUCACAUUUGGGAAUGGGAAUGUUCCAGGAUAGGGCCUUCUGCGUUGUCCCCCCUCCCUGUCACAACUUUGGAAUGCUCUCUUCAGGGAAGCCUGCCUGGCACCAGAUCUGACAUCCUUUCAGUUCCUUUGCAUUUCCUCAGGCGACUGUACUCCAGCUUUUAUUAUCUCUUCCUGUUGCCCCUGUUUUAUUUUGUAUUACCGUAUGUUAUUCUUAAUACGCGUUAGCCACUCUGAGAGGCUGUUGCCUCAAGAGCAGGUUACAGACUUCAAAUAAACAGACAAAUAAAAUGUUUGCUGG